CAUGGUUUGAUUGGAGUCGUUUCUCUUUGAGGUUUGACUAAAACCUGUCUGGUCGUACCUGAUUGGUCUGCUAGCAGGAAGCCCUGUUUCGGAGCUGAAGCCGUCGUCUUGCCCUCAGUGCUCUCUACUUUAUUCUCACCGAGAAGUGUGUGCGGCUUCACUGAGACAGCAAGGCAAUGAUAAAAGCCGCAUAUGCGGUAGGCUACACACCUCUCUGGCAGGAAAAUAUCCAAGAAACAGACUCAUCCUGGUUCUUCUCACAACACAGCCUUAUCCAUUUCUCAGAGCAGAACCUGAAGUGCCAGUAGUACCAUGACCAGGCCAACAGGGCGCGGUGCCAAUGAUGUCACCCGCUUCCUGUCAUCAGGCGGAGGAUCUGGGUCCCCAAACUCCAGCUCCUCCGUGUUCUCCGCUGCUAGCCAGGCCGACUGGGCAGCCAAGAGGCUGGUGUGGGUGCCGUCAGAGAAGCAUGGCUUUGAGUCGGCCAGUAUUCGAGAAGAGCGCGGUGAUGAGGUGGAGGUAGAGCUCACAGACAGCCAGCGAAAGCUGACUCUGUCCAGGGAAGAGGUGCAACGGAUGAACCCGCCACGCUUCAGUAAAGUUGAGGACAUGGCCGACCUCACCUGCCUCAAUGAGGCCUCGGUGCUGCACAACCUGAGGGAGAGAUACUUCUCCGGCCUAAUCUAUACAUAUUCAGGGCUAUUCUGUGUGGUGGUGAACCCUUACAAGAACCUGUCAAUCUACACAGAGUCCAUUGUUGAAAUGUACCGUGGCAAAAAACGCCAUGAGAUGCCACCACACAUCUAUGCCAUAUCAGAAGCGGCCUAUCGCAGCAUGCUUCAAGACAGAGAAGAUCAGUCAAUCCUCUGCACAGGCGAGUCUGGAGCUGGCAAAACAGAGAACACAAAGAAAGUAAUCCAGUAUUUGGCUCAUGUUGCCUCCUCCCAUAAAAGCGGCACUUUGGGUAGAAACAAGGAAGCUGUACAGAGUAUGCAAUAUGGCGAACUGGAGAGACAGUUGCUGCAGGCCAACCCCAUACUGGAAACCUUUGGCAAUGCAAAGACUGUCAAGAACGACAACUCCUCUAGAUUUGGUAAAUUCAUCCGCAUUAAUUUUGAUGUGGCGGGAUACAUUGUUGGUGCCAACAUUGAGACCUACCUCCUUGAAAAGUCCCGGGCCACCCGUCAGGCCAAGGAUGAGCGGACCUUUCAUAUCUUUUACCAGUUAUUAUGUGGAGCCUCAGAAGAAACCCGGGCGGACUUGCUCCUUGGAAGUGCUGAUGAGUAUCGUUUCCUCAGUGGAGGCUCCAUUCCUGUUCCUGGUCAGAGCGAUUCAGAGAAUUUCACUCAGACCAUGGACUCCAUGGCUAUAAUGGGCUUCACCCCCGAGGAAUUACUAUCCAUGCUGAAGGUGAUCUCUGCUGUGCUCCAGUUUGGAAACAUAUCCUUUAUGAAGGAGAAGAACCAGGACCAGGCCUCCAUGCCUGAUAACACAGCUGCUCAGAAACUGUGCCAUCUGCUGGGCAUCAACGUGCUGGAGUUCACCCGUGCCAUCCUCACACCAAGGAUAAAAGUGGGCCGAGAAUAUGUGCAGAAGGCCCAGACGAAAGAACAAGCUGACUUUGCCAUUGAGGCCUUGUCCAAGGCAACAUACGAGCGUCUGUUCAGAUGGCUGGUCCACAGAAUCAACAGAGCUCUUGACCGCAGACAGAGACAGGGAGCCUCCUUCAUUGGCAUCCUUGAUAUCGCUGGAUUUGAGAUAUUCCAGCUAAACUCCUUCGAGCAGCUAUGCAUCAACUACACCAAUGAGAAGCUGCAGCAGCUCUUCAACCACACCAUGUUCAUUCUGGAGCAGGAGGAGUAUCAGAGGGAGGGCAUUGAAUGGAACUUUAUUGACUUUGGCCUGGAUCUUCAACCCUGCAUUGACCUCAUUGAGAGACCAGCUCACCCACCUGGUGUUCUGGCCCUGCUGGAUGAAGAGUGCUGGUUCCCCCGGGCUACAGACCGCUCAUUUGUGGAGAAACUGUCUGCUGAGCAAGGCAGCCAUCCAAAAUUUUUCAAAUCAAAGCAGCCACGUGGAGAAGCUGACUUCUCUAUCAUUCAUUAUGCUGGAAAGGUGGACUACAAGUCCGAUGAGUGGUUAGUGAAGAACAUGGAUCCUCUGAACGACAACGUGGCGUCUCUUCUCCAUCAGUCAUCUGAUCAUUUUGUGUCUGAGCUGUGGAAGGAGGAUAUUCAAACUCUUCCUCGUGUCUACUUCUUUGACUCCUAUGCCACGCUACAGACUAAUGGCUCUGACAUGGACAGGAUCAUUGGUCUGGACCAGGUGUCAUCAGGGGAGAAUAGUGGGCCAGUCACUUUUGGAGCAGCUGGACUGAAGACAAAGAAGGGAAUGUUUCGGACUGUUGGUCAACUCUACAAAGAGUCUCUCACCAAGCUGAUGGCCACGCUCAGAAACACUAACCCUAACUUCCUGCGCUGCAUUAUCCCCAACCAUGAAAAGAGGGCUGGAAAGCUGUCCCCCCACCUGGUUCUGGACCAGCUGAGGUGUAACGGUGUUUUGGAGGGGAUUCGUAUCUGCAGACAAGGCUUCCCGAACCGCAUCGCAUUCCAGGAGUUCAGACAGAGAUAUGAGAUUCUCACUCCUAAUGCCAUCCCACGUACCUUCAUGGAUGGCAAACAGGCUUCAGAGCUCAUGAUAAAAGCUCUUGAGCUGGAUCACAACCUGUUCAGGGUGGGUCAGAGUAAAGUCUUCUUCAGAGCUGGAGUUCUGGGUCAUCUGGAGGAAGAAAGAGACCUGAAGAUCACAGACACCAUCAUACGCUUCCAGAGCGCUUCCAGAGGAUUUCUUGCACGCAAGGCCUUUAUGAAGAAGCAGCAGCAGCUGAGUGCUCUGAGGGUGAUGCAGAGGAACUGUGCUGCUUACCUUAAGCUCAGGAACUGGCAGUGGUGGCGGCUGUUUACCAAGGUGAAGCCCUUGCUGCAGGUGACCCGCCAGGAUGAGGAGAUCCAGGUCAGAGAAGCCGAGCUCCAGAAGGCCAAGGAUAAACUCACUCGAGCAGAACAAGACUACACCGAGCUGGACAGGAAGCAUGUUCAGCUUUUGGAGGAAAAAUCUGUGCUGGCUGACCAGCUGCAGGCGGAGGCAGAACUGUUUGCAGAGGCAGAGGAGAUGAGAGCCAGGUUGGCCAGCCGGAAGCAGGAGCUGGAGGAAGUUCUGGGGGAGCUGGAGAGUCGACUGGAGGAGGAAGAGGAGAGGAGUUUACAGCUAACCAAUGAGAAGAAAAGAAUGCAGCAGAAUGUACAGGACCUGGAGGAGCAGCUAGAGGAAGAGGAAAGUGCCAGACAGCGCCUCCUGCUGGAGAAGGUUACCUUGGAGACCAAAGUGAAGAGUCUUGAGACAGAUCUGCUGACUGCCGUGGAGCAGAGAGACCGACUCAUCAAGGAGAAGAAACUGUUGGAGGAGCAUCUAAGUGAGGUGACCGACCAACUCACUGAGGAGGAAGAGAAAACAAAAAGUCUCAAUAAACUUAAAAACAAACAGGAGGCUGUCAUUGCUGACCUUGAGGAGCGUCUGAAACGUGAGGAGCAGGGCCGCUUAGAACAGGAAAAGUGGAAAAGGAGGAUGGAGAAUGAGUCGCUGGAGGCUCAGGAGCAGCUGUCCGACCUGGGUAUGCUGGUUGCUGAGCUGAGGGGCACUCUGGCUCAAAAGGAGAAGGAAAUCACAACCUUGCAGGGCAGGUUGGAGGAAGAAGGUGCACGCCGUGCUGAAGCUCAGAAGGCACUGAGGGAGGCCUUAUCCCAAGUGUCUGAGCUGAAGGAGGAAGUGGAGAAUGAACGAGGGAUGAGGGAAAGAGCAGAGAAACAGAGACGAGAUCUGGGCGAGGAGUUGGAAGCUCUUAGAACUGAGCUAGAGGACACACUGGACACCACAGCUGCACAGCAGGAGCUAAGGUCUCGUCGUGAGGCAGAAUUAAGUGAACUUCAGAGAUGUGUUGAAGAUGAGACCCGUCGCCACGAGGCCCAACUAUCAGAACUCCGAAUCAAACACAGUGCUGCCAUAGACAACCUUCAGGAGCAGCUUGACAACAGCAAGAGAGCACGUCAGUCCCUUGAGAAAGCCAAAGUCUUGCUGGAGGAGGAGAGGCAGAAUUUGUCUUCUGAGCUUAAAAGCCUUCAAGCGAGCCGCACAGAGAGCGAAAGAGGUCGUAAGAGGGCUGAGGGUCAGCUGCAAGAGCUCAGCGCCAGACUGACCCAGGCUGACAGAGAGCGGGAGGACAGGGAGGAGAGGUUGCAGAAGCUGCAGUCUGAGAUUGAGUCUCUCUCCAGCAAUUUGUCUUCCUCUGACCACAAAUCUCUUCGCCUUGCUAAAGAAGUCAGCAGCCUGGAGAGUCAGCUGCAUGAUGCAAAGGAGCUGCUGCAAGAUGAAACUCGUCAGAAGAUGUCUUUGGCCUCAAGGGUGCGAGCUCUGGAGGAGGAGAAGAACGGAUUGAUGGAAAGACUCGAGGAGGAGGAGGAAAGAGCUAAAGAGCUCACCAGGCAGAUUCAAACACACACCCAGCAGCUUGCAGAGCUACGUAAGCAGUCAGAGGAGGUGAGUACGGCAGUAGAAGUUGGAGAGGAGACACGCAGGAAGCUCCAAAGGGAGCUGGACAGCACCCUCCAAAGAGAGCGACAGAAGGAGGAAGAGAAGGAAAGAGUGGAAAGGCAGAGGGAGCGACUAAGGGAGGAAAUAGAGGACAUGACAAUUGCCCUGCAAAGAGAGAGGCAGAACUGUACAGCCCUUGAAAAGCGGCAGAAGAAAUUUGACCAGUGUCUGGCAGAGGAGAAGGCUGUGAGUGCUCGUCUGGCAGAGGAGAAGGACAGAGCAGAAGCAGACAACAGAGAGAAAGAGACAAGAUAUCUAGCACUUUCCCGAUCCCUCCAGGAAGUCCAGGACCAAAGAGACGAGCUAGAGAGGACCAACAAGCAGCUCCGUCUGGAAAUGGAGCAGCUUGUAAACCAACAGGAUGAUGUUGGCAAAAAUGUCCAUGAGCUUGAGCGUACCCGGAGGACCUUAGAAACUGAAGUACAGAACUUGAGAGUUCAGACACAGGAGCUUGAGGAGGAGCUGUCAGAGGCGGAGAACUCCAGGCUGAGGCUGGAGGUCAACCUGCAGGCGCUCAAGGCUCAGUUUGAGAGGGAGAUCAGCACCAAUGAGGAGAAGGGAGAGGAGAAGAGGAGGGCUCUCAGCAAGCAGGUAAAGGAAUUGGAGAUCCAUUUGGAGGAGGAAAGGACUCAGCGGUCUCAGGCUGUGUUGACCAAGAAGCAGCUGGAAGCAGAACUGCAGGAAUCCGAAGCCCAGGUGGAGGCAGCCAGCCGUGGCAAAGAGGAAGCUGUUAAGCAGCUACGAAGGCUGCAGGGUCAAAUGAAAGAAAUCCUGCGCGAGCUUGAUGAAACCAAGUUGGCUCGGGAGGAGGUGAUCACACAGUCGAAAGACACUGAGAAGAAAAUACAAACACUGGAAGCAGAGGUGCUGCACCUUACUGAGGAGCUGUCUGUGUCAGAGAGGCAGAGGAGACAGGCUCAGCAGGAGAGAGAUGAGCUGGCGGAUGAGAUGGUCAACAGCAGCACUGGAAAGAAUGCACUGUUUGAAGAGAAACGGAGGUUGGAGGCACGAGUCAGUCAACUGGAAGAGGAGCUUGAAGAGGAGCAGACUAACUCUGAACUGCUGGCAGAGAGACAAAGGAAGACAGCUUUGCAGGUGGAGACUUUGACUGUGCAGCUUCAAGGAGAAAGAACUCUGGCUCAGAAGGCAGAGACAUCUCGAGAACAGCUGGAGAAGCAGAACAAGGAGCUCAAGACCCGGCUGGGAGAACUGGAGGGAGCAGUGAGGGGCAAACACAGGCUCAGCGUCGCCGCCCUGGAGGCUAAGAUUGAUUCAAUGGAGGAACAGCUGGAACAGGAGAGACAAGAACGAGCUAUUGCCAACAAACUAGUGAGGAAGACAGAGAAAAAACUGAAGGAGGUGUUGAUGCAGGCAGAUGACGAAAGGAGACAUGCAGACCAGUACAGAGAACAGCUGGACAAGUCGAUGGUGCGACUGAAGCAGUUGAAGAGGCAGCUGGAGGAGGUAGAGGAGGAGAACUCUCGCUCCAAUGCUCAGAAGAGGAAGCUGCAGAGAGAGCUGGAGGAGAUCUCAGAUAGCAGUCAAAGUAUGACACGAGAGAUCACCACCCUCCGCAGCCAGCUCAGCAUCCCUGACUGGAGACCAGAGAAACGGGCUCCGUUGCCCCUGGCAAUGCGUGGACGCAGGGCAUUGGUUGAUGACCUCUCGCUGGAGAACUCAGAUUCAGAGGAGCCCCCUGCCUCUCCCACCCCCUCUUCUGGGCCCCCGGGUACCCUGACUCCUUCAGAACAAAGUCUGGAUCCUCCGCCACCCUACAGCGUCAACAACACGGAGUGACGCACACACACUGGCUCAAUCACACAGCCUCGACCACUCAGGGGUGAUGGAUGACAAGCUCGUAACAAGAGAAAUUUUAGUCUAAACUUAUAGGAUGCAAACAUCAGGCACUAUAAUUAUGAAGCAACCUCCUGAUGCAAAACUGUUGAAGAUUUGCCUAAUUUUUCUCAACAAAUACAGGAAACGUAUAAAAUUGGUUUUACAAAGGCUUCUGAAUUGAUUUUUAUUUUUAAUAUUUCAAAGACUGGAAAUUUCUACAUUACACCUUGCUAAAGCCGUCUAAGAUACUAAACUACAUCUAUACGUUGUUAAGUGGAAGUGAAUUAUCAGCUAAUUUCAUGAUGCUGUACAGUAAAUAAAGAGCAGAAAAUAAAUUUAAACAGUCACGUCUUUUACAUUAGGAUGUAUUUCCAAAUGAAGCCAUGUUCAACACCUUUCAUGAUGGUUGAAUGUCUAAAUCUGAUAUCACAAAGGGCUUCUGAGGGUGAAAAUACUCAUGGAAGGUGUUACGACAAUCCAUGUAUAUUCAUGUAACAUGGCAUGGUCAACUAGACUGGACAAUUAACUUGUGUGUCAGAUAACUCUUUAAAUAUGCAUGAAACUUGGAAUAAUCUGGAAAACAGAAGGAAAACUGUAAGAGAAUACAAACACAGAGCUGCACAUUUUCUAUGUUAGCAUUACAUAAAUGGUGGUUAAUUACCAAAAUUCACUUGAUCCUGAGAUUAAAUUCUUGAUGAGAAACGGGGAUGCAUUGCAAUUCUAAUUUUCAUCUCACUAGUCGCAGUUACGAAGCCAGACAACCUGUAGAAACACUCAACAUUAAGGCUGUGUUAACUGAUAAAUCCUUUUUUUACAUAGAUAUGAAACCAUGUUAGUAGACAGCAGCUAGUAAUAGAUAGUUUCUUUAACUUAAGUCUUAAAAUUUUGCUUCAGAAAUUUGUAUAAUUUAUAUCAAACAUGAACUUAAGUUAUUGAUCACUUCUUGUUUUUGUGUCUCCUCUCGUGGGUUAAGCUUGUGAGUCUGGUUAUUUCUGCUCCUGCUGGUUCUGGUGUCACACUGAACAGGGUUACAUUCAUGAACAGCUCAGCUUGGUCUAUCAAAGCAUCAGGUCUCACAGCUACAUUUUCAUGGUAGAUUUCUCAAGUAAAUAUUGUUGGCUUGAAAAAAAUGUAACAACAGUCUGUGACAGCAACAUAACUAGAAACAACCCACUGAGAAAUGUAUUCGUUUAUCUUUUCAUCCAAAGCAAGUCAUCUUUUUUUAUCUUAAAUUGAUAAAAGCAAAACAUUAUAUUUUAACAAGCAUCUGGUACGCUGCUGUUUUGAUUUUACUCAUUCAUUGUGUAAAUUAUUGCUCAAACAAAGCUUUUGUGUUAAACCAAAUGGUGGGCGUACGGAUGAGAAAAGGGACUUAAAUUUGUAGUAAACGUAGAAUAGCUGUAGAACAAAGUAGAUCGCGUGAGUAGAGGCUUGUUGAGUUUUUUAUUCUCAUCCGGUGAGUCUGCUGGAUAACCUGAGUAGAAUCAACAUAGUCUCUGCUCACAGCUGUGUAGAAAACUGUAGAAUAACUGAGAAACGGGCUCGAAGCAUUUUUCGAAUACUAGUAGUGUUAGAUAAAUAAAAUAAAAUGAACAUGGCGGCACUGAUGAAAGACUUUUUAUGAAGCUAAUGGCAAGUAGACCACACUUGUUUUUUUUUUUUCUUUUUUACCUUUGCUAUGAACUCCAAAUUACAUUAUCUGUGUGGCGUCAACCAAACACAGGCACUUUGAUGACCCUGCUGUAAAACCUGGUUUUAAAAAUGUGUUUCUUCACUGUCUCUGUUUUCUUUGGCACAUAUUUUUAUUUUUUUUAUUUUUAUUUUUUAACACGAGGGUCUUUUGUUGUUUGUUUGUGAACUUCUGCUGCACUUGUAUGCCUGUGAAAAGUUUUAGCCUUUUCAGGAGACUCAGAAUGAGUUGUCUUAACUAACUGGCAGACAUUGCAUGAAGGGAUAGUUUGACCUUAUGGGAAAUAUGCUUACCAGCUGUAUUGCUGAGAGCUGGAUGUAAAGGUUGAUACCAGCCCCAUGCUUCUACACUGAAUAUAAACAUUCAGCCCUUAAGCUUAGCUUUGCAUCAACAAAUGGAAACAGACAAACAGCUGACCUAGCUCUCUAAAAUUAGCAUUCCAACACUUAUAUUUAUCUUUAAACUUAACAAAAGCUAAACUGGAAAAAGAGUGAAGGUUUUAUAGGCAGGUUAUGUGCAAAACUAACUUGGCCAGGCACAGUUUGCAAUAACUCCUACUACUGCCUAUGGCUAAAAAAUGCUUUUGCACAUAACUUACCAUAAAACAAGCUUUGCCCUUUGCCUUUUUGCACACAUUAAACAGAUGUAACUCAUUCAUUUGGAAAAUAAAGCUGCAGAACCGCAGUGGUUACUUAUAUAUAUAUACCAUCAGCUGUUCAAAAAGUUACUGCCUGUCUUUAUCCUAAGCUAAACAAACAUUCUGCUGGCUAUAGUUUAGAGCAGGGCUACUCAAUUCGGUCCUACGAGGGCUGCAAUCCAGCAGGUUUUCCAUGUAUUCCUUCACCAACACACCUGAGUCAAAUUAAUGAGUUAUUGUGUAGAACCUGAUUGGCUGUUAGAGCCACCUAAUUUGACUCAGGUGUGUUGGUGCAGGGAUACAUGGAAAACCUGCUGGAUUGCGGCCCUCAUAGGACCGAAUUGAGUAGCCCUGGUUUAGAGUUUAAUCACACAUAGUGUCAGCGAUCCUCACAUCAAGCUCUUGGCAAAUAGCUGAUUUCCCAGUUUGAAAGAAUGUCACUGACACUGUAGCUUUCAAUUGGAGCAAUGAAAACUAAAGAAUGUGAAGCUGAAAUUACAAAUGAUGUUUCUAAAGUUGUUCUGAAUGUUUUUUUUUUUUUUUUUUACUCUGGAUAUAAAUUUAUAUCUAUAUCUUAUGGAAAAUGAUUAAUGUCUACCAUUAGAAUAACACGCAUAAAUGCGACAGUAGUUUCCGGUUAUCAGGGUUACCAUCACUGCUCCCCAAACUUCCUUCUGUUUAGAUAACAGGUGUACAUUGUACUGACUAAACAAGUGUGUGUAGUACACAACUCAUCUUAUUAUAUCCAUGCUUUCUGCCAGGCAAUGUAACACAGGGACAGGUGAAGAAAGUUCAAAAUAUCUGGGUCAAGAACGACUACUGACAUCAUAUUUACCACCCUAGAGGGUUUUUAUUUGUAUGUAUCGUAUGUGUAAUUCUUCAUUUUGGCAGUAUGCAAAGCUGUUGUGUUUUGUUCUUUUGUUUUUUUUGUUUGUUUUACAGAAUGGUGAAAAAGCUGCACUUUACACACUACCAACUGAGAUAAAAGCAGACAGACUUUUUCAGUUCAUCAUAUUUGCAUUGUCAGGUAGUUUAUCUCAGAAAGGCUGACAGAGCCUUAAGCCAGAUGAGCUGAGAUCUCAAGUCAUAACGAUACAGUGUGUUUCUUUUAACAAUUUACUGUCAUAUCAGUGUCUGAGAUGUGGCAAAUUAGUUCAAUAGACCAAAAAUCUGGUGACACGAAGAUUGAAUCGCUGGAACGAGGAUGAUUGAGUUCUGUUUGCCUGUAGCAUAGAGACUAGGCUGGUGCUUCUCUGAGGCGUUUUUUUCUCUUGUUUGUUUAUGGCUACUGUUGAACUUGAAACAUUUUGAAAAUAUGUUUGAUUGUUUUAGCCUCUUUUCUUCUCCUUUUGUUAAUUAUGCUGUAAUUAUAAAACAUCUGACUGGGGUUAACUUUAAUAUAUGUCAUUGGUUUUGA